UUGGCAUAUAAGGGGCUGUCUUUGCUGCCGGACCCCAGCUGGCUGACUCGGCUGGGCAGAGAGAGACGUGCAGCGACCAUGGCUCUCAAGUCUGUCACCAGCUUGACCGCCCCCUGCUCCCUGGCUUUGGAUGACUGUUUUGGCCCCUGUACGGGGGUGAGAAUCCAGGGCUCUGUGCCAAAUGACUGCCAGAGGUUCGCUGUGAACUUCAGCUGUGGGGAGGAGCCCAACUGCAAUAUAGCCUUUCACUUCAACCCCCGCUUCGACCAGAACUCUGUGGUGUUCAAUAGCUUCCAGAACCACAGCUGGCAGUGUGAGCAGGUGAUGGAGGGGAACCCGUUCAAGCAUGGGGCUUCCUUCCUGCUGGAGUUCUACAUCACUGACCAGCACUUUGAGGUUGUUGUGAACAAGAAGGUGUUCGGGCAAUUCAAGCACCGCAUCCCCCUGUGUGAAGUGAAGGUCCUGGAGAUCAAGCCCGAGGUGCAGAUUCAGAAGAUUGAGCUCUUCUAGGUUGUCCCAGAACACAGGAAACCCCAGGAAUGGGGACCCUGCACUGGGGAUCCUGCAGGGAUCUGCUGAUGGAGGUGGAGCGUUACCAAUAAAGUAGCCUCUGGGCUCUCCCCUA